GUGGGGGGAGGGGGUGUCUUCCGGUCGGGCCGAGCUGGUGGUUGGGUUUGUUGAAGGACAUCAGCUGCGGAAUUUGUGAUUUGAGCGAAGAGCCACCCAGUCUGCCAGUCUUGCCUGGACCUCGACCAGCUAGUCCAAGUUGUCAUUGGGGUCUGUGGCUCAGUCGUGAUUGAAGUCAUGGCUGGUCCUGAAAGUGAUGCCCAGUUCCAGUUCACUGGUAUUAAAAAGUAUUUCAACUCCUAUACUCUCACAGGUAGAAUGAAUUGUGUUCUGGCCACAUAUGGAGGCAUUGCUUUGUUGGUCCUAUACUUCAAGUUAAGACCUAAGAAAACUCCGGCUGUGAAAUCAUCAUAACUGAGUCUUUCAAUGUCUGACCUCAUCUGUUAAGUUCCAUGCCUGAAGAAGCUGAUGUCAACUCAUCAUGUAAUACUCAAUUUGUACAAUAAAUUAUGAACCUGGAAAA